AUGCUUUCAGUUAAGACUAAGAACAUUGUUAAGGCUACCGUGCCUGCCCUUGAACAAAAUGGUGUUACCAUCACCAAAACGUUUUAUAAAAACAUGUUAGGUGAACACCCAGAACUUUUGAAUACUUUCAAUAAAGUUAAUCAGCAAAAAGGUAAGCAGCCUGCUGCUUUAGCAAUGACUGUUUUAGCUGCUGCAAAAAACAUCGAUGAUUUAUCGGUCUUAAUGCCAGCGGUUAACCAAAUUGGCCACAAACAUCGUGCUUUGCAGGUUCAACCAGCACAAUAUGAUAUUGUUGGUAAGUACUUGUUGCUAGCUAUUAAGGAGGUGUUAGGAAAUGCUGCUACCCCAGAUAUUAUGACAGCUUGGGCAGAGGCCUACAAAGUAAUUGCAGACAUUUUCAUUUCUGUUGAAAAACAAAUGUAUAAGGAAGCCCAAUGGGACUCCUGGAAGCCAUUUACAGUUACCAAGAAGACUCCAGUUGCUAAGGAUAUUGUUGAGUUUUGUGUGGAACCAGUUGAAGGAUCUGGUAUUGAGCUUUCAAAGCUCAAAAUUAUUCCAGGUCAAUAUUUGACGGUAAAAACCCAUCCAACAACCCACGAUAACAAGUAUGAUGCGCUAAGACAUUACUCCAUUUGUUCUGACUCCACUGAUGGUGGGCUCAAGUUCUCUGUCAAGUACGAACAUGGCAACAUUCAAGAUGGUCUAGUUUCUGAAUAUCUCCAUAAAUACAUCAAAGUUGGUGACACGAUUGAAUUAAGUGCUCCAGCUGGUGAUUUUGAAUUGAAUCAGGAAUUGAUUAAGCAAGAAGAGGUUCCAUUAGUGCUGGUGAGUGCUGGUGUUGGCGCUACGCCAUUAGUUGCUAUGCUUGAGUUCCAGUUAGAGCAUAAUCCUAAGAGACCUGUCUUGUGGAUUCAAUCAUCUUUAAAUGAAGAGUCCCAAGCUUUUAAGGAUCACGUGAAUAGUCUAUUGGGAAAGUUUGACAAUGCUAAGGCUGAAUUAGUAUAUACCAGUACAAUGCCUAGAAUUGAUGGGGCAUACCUUGAAAAGCAUAUUGCAUCACCAUCUGAUGUUUAUAUUUGUGGCUCUAUUGAAUUCAUGUCUAGCCUAAUGGAUGCCUUGAAGCAAUUGGGACAUGAAGAUAAAAUGAUUCAUUAUGAACCAUUUGGUCCAAAGAUGUCUUUGGCCUAG